AUGCCAAGAUCUCAGCAAUAAUUGGUCUUCAAUCAAAUGGGACUUAUGAACUAGAUGAGAUACUUUAGCACCUAUAAGACUAAGCAAGAUGAUAUUAAAAAGUGGAAUAUUGUUAGAGAUGAUUUCGUUGAAGUUAUUGCUGGAAAAUACAAGAAAUCUCAAGGAAAGGUUAUUUCAGUCAACAGAAAGACUAAUACUGUAAUAGUUCAAGGAGUUAACUUGAAAUACAAAAGAAUCACAGAUGAUGAGUAUGUUCAAAGAAAAAAGACUGUGUAAUAAGAGGGUCCUAUUCAUCUUUCAAAUGUUUCCUUGAUUGACCCAGAGACUGGAAAGCCUACAAGAAUUACCUAUGGUUUCUUGGAAGAUGGUUCAAAGGUGAGAGUAGCAAAGAAGUCUGGAGCCUUGAUUCCAAAACCAGAUAGAAGCAAUCUAACCUAUAUCAACAGAACAAAGGGCAGAGAAGCAGGUCCAUUCGACACAAAGCCUGAAGAUGUCAUUGAGAAGACUUACAAAGGAGAGGACUUCUUGAGAGUUAAAGCUGAAUUCGACGAGUAUAUUAGAAUGAAGGAAGAGAAGGAAGGACUGAUGGUUUUUAAGAAUAAAAUUUUUGCGUAAAGCAGUGCUUCAUUGUGA